AUUACAUAUGUGGGUUUCGGCUGGCGGUGGGCGGUCAAUUCAAUUGUACUGCCAUGUCUCUGACGUCAACACAUAGGAAUUCAUAUGAUCUCCUGAAACAGAGCCCCGGCUGGCUGAUAAGUUCUGAGCACCGAGCCCAUGGUUGAGUGGGUGUUGCUUGGAUUGCCAGUGGCAUGCUUGCGCAAGUCCAGCAAGGGGUAGGAUGUAUGGGAUCCUUUUGCCUGCAGCCUGUCUGCACACUCUUGCUGCCAACCUGGCAAGAUUAGUGUGCAGUAAUAAGGAUAGUCAGGGGCUUUUGUAGGCUCCUUCCUUGAGCACAGAAUCUCCUGCUAGCGAGGGUGUAAUGGCCACCAGAAUUAGAUGCGGCUAUUGCCGCAGCAACCAAGAUCGUGCGAAAAGGAAAAAUAGCUGUCUGCAGCUGACUAUGAAGGAUGGAUGGAACUCAUCAUAUGCACGAGAGAUCUGCAUUCUGUUGCAAGGUGCGGGAGACAAUUUUAUUUAACAGCUGAGCAACACUAACAUAUUAUUAAUUGAUUCGGUGGCGCUGUGGGUGCUGUGUAACGACUGCUUGUC